AUGCGUUCCAUCGUGGCCCUGGCGGCCUUGGCCCUCUCGGGUUCUGUCCAACUCGCCUCAGCUAGUGUUUGCAGACCCAGCGCGACUACGGAUCUUACGACCACGACGACGUCUACGAGUGCUCCCGUGGUGACCAACGAGCUCAAGGGCGCCAAGUUCGCCCGCAGAGCUCCCGAUGGUGGCAUCGUUGACUUUGAGGGAAGCGGUGAUGCUCAGCAUGCGGAGGAGGGAUACAAGGGCGAUGGUAGCAAGGAUAAUGGCUGUGUUCAAAUGCAUGCCGACUCUGGUUCGAAGCGAGCUCUGGGUCCGGAUGUUGGCAUCUCGCAGCAGGUGACUGGUCUGAACCCGUCUACCCCCUACACUAUCCGGUUCUAUACCGCCAUCGUCCUCUAUCCCCAGACCACGGAGAGCUGCUUUAUCAGAGCUUACCUCGGUGGUGAUCCCUUCUAUGAGCAGGCGCUCUUCACCUCGGGCCCAACUGCGGCCUACAGUUCCGUCGUCAGGCAGGCCAGUGCCCCGGCCAGCUCGGCUACCUUUUCUAUUCAGAUGCAGUGCAGCGGCGGCAACGCGGCCAUGAUCUACGUCGACUCCAUCUUCAUGUCCAACCAGGUUACUCCUCAGAACAUUGACGACUAUGACCUCGUUGGUGAUGACGACGAUGUCGAAUCCCCUACAACCACUGCCGAUACCGAGACUUCGCAGGCCAGCUCUACUGGAACUGUGCCUCCUGAGACCGAGAGCGAGACUGCUACUAGCUCUGAACUUUCUGAGACCGAGAGCGAGACUGCCACCAGUACCGAGCCCCUUGGGACUGAGACUCAGACUGCUUCCAGCACUGAGCUUCCUGAGACGGAGAGCCAGACUGUCACCGGUACUGAGACCUCGCAGACUGAGAGUGCUGAGACGACUGCUACUACUAGCGUGGAAACUUCUCAGACUGAUGUCGAGGCUGGGACGACUACCGGUACUGAGACUGGCGAUGUCGAGACCAGCACCACUGCUAGCACCGAGACCAGCGACGUUGAGACUGGCACCACCACCGCCACCGAGACAUCACAAACAGAGGCUGCUGAAACUGGCACGACUACUGCUUCUGAGACUUCACAGACUGAAGAUGCCGAGACUGGCACAACUACUGAAGCCCAAUCCACAGCCGAGAACGAGUCUACCGUCACCUCCCAGGAGGCAUCUGAGAGCACCACUAUUUCCGAGGAGUCCACCACUGUUUCCGAGGAGUCCACCACUGCUUCUGAGGAGUCUACCACUGCUUCUGAGGAGUCUACCACUGCUUCUGGGGUAUCCACCACUGCUUCUGAGGAGUUGACCACUACUUCGGCAGAGUCAACCACUGCCUCGGAGGAGUCCACCACCAUCAGCUCAACUACAUCCUCUGCAUCAUCUGAGCCCACAAUCAGCAGAAUCUGUGCCAACGUUGGAUCCAACCCUGAUAGCGGCAAGGGCUGCGACAAGAGACCUGUCACAGCGGACCCAGAUUACUACUUCUCUUUCGUAGGAAACAUUGAAAAGGAGCAGUGUGCGGCCCGCUGCCUCGGUGAUGAUGAGUGCGGCCAUUUCGAGUACCGCUACGUCAAUGAUUGCCACAAAGAAUGCCGCAUUUAUUCCGCCAGACUGUCUGCCGACUCACCCACCGGUCCUUCUGGCGAUACAAACAUCUGGGCCUACGACCGUAGCUGCGCCUGGCAAAUCCCCUGCUGGCAGCCUCCGGCUGAUAACGUCUGCUUAAACAAGUUUGCCGACACUCCAGAGCCGACUUGUGUCCGCCAAAAGGCCACGCUCAAGCAGUGCGCCCAGCCCUGGCUCAGACUCACCGUGGCAGACUGCACGCCCGAAGAGUCGUGUGCUGGAGCCUGCGCGACCUACACGGGCUGCGUCGCCUUCUCCCUGUCCUCCGAUCCGAACGAUCAGCGCAACUGUCUGCUGUACACGGACCGCGUUGAGGAUAUCUCGGAGGCCGACGAUUCCAGCCUCCUCGAGUUUGUCGACCUCGACUGCUAUGCCUGCAACGGCAAGAACAUGGCUUUAACCACCUACGCCCAGCCUAGGGAUGACAAUACCCCCAAGCCUGAUAACACAUGUGCUGCUCCGAACAAUGCCAACUUCUUCUUGGCUACCCCUGGGGCCAACACUGCUACGACUCUCUUGACCUCGACCCGUGCUGCCACUACGACUGAGGCUGCAAACUUUGCCUAG